UCUAAUGUGACUAUGGAGGCCACAUCCCCCCCGUCUCUCCACCUCCAAUUCAUGUGUAUAAAAGUGGAGAGAACUUAACGUUCUUCACUGCACUUACUUUCUUUCUGCUGAGGUCUGACUGGUGCACGGCAUUCAAGCCUAAUCAUGAGCAGGAACUUUUUGUCCAAAAAUGAUGAACUCCGCAGGGGUGACUACCUGGUUUCAAACAAUGGGGAGUGGAAGGCUGUCUUCCAGGAGGAUGGCAACUUUGUCAUCUACGGCUGGAAGCCAGUGUGGGCUUCAGACACUGAUGGAUCAGAUGCAAUCCGUCUGUGCAUGCAGGCCGACUGCAACCUGGUCAUGUACAACAAGAAAGACGAACCCAAGUGGCACACGAACACCGCCUCAUCCAGCUGCAACAUGUGCCGUCUUACCCUGACCAAUGAGGGUAAACUGACGGUGGAGAGAGAAUGUGCAGGUCUUUGGGACUCCAGUCAAAGCCGUGGCAUGAAAUAAAAUCAUUACACAAAGCCCUUGAGUAAAAGCUCUGCAUGCUCUUUGAAUGUCAAUGCAACCCAGACUCAAAUAAAGCAACCAUUUUUCACAAAGCA